AUGGAAGAUUCCAACCAGUGGUCGAACACUGAAGUCAACGUAGCCUUAUGUGGGAUAUCGGGUUCAGGGAAAUCUCAGUUCAUCAACACAAUUCUUGGACUGAGGGCUGACGACCCUGGCGCGGCACCCGUAGAUGCCUUUGGUUCGCAACGUACCACAGGGCAAUAUAAACACCCAGAUCAACCAGGCCUUAUUUUCUGGGAUUUGCCGGGAAUUGGAACUGGAGAAUUUGGCAAAGAUAAUUAUUUAGAAACUGUUGACUUUAACAAUUAUGAUUUCUACUUGAUAUUUGGACAAGGGAGGUUCUAUGAAGAAGACGCGUGGCUCGUUAAACAGGUGAACAGACGAUGA